CCCGGAUGUUGUGAGGAUGCUCUGCCUGCGCUCACUGGAGUGUUUAUUCCCGCGUUUUAACCUGAGCAUGGGGAUAAGGUAAUAUCCCCUCCACACCCACACAGGGCUCCGGCUCCAGCUCCGUCCUCCUGCUUCAGUCGCCUCCAUUGUCUCUCCGAUCCGGGGAUGUUUGUGUUUCUCUGCCGCCCCGCGUUUGAUCUCUCAGCCUUUAAAGCUCCUUUGAUCUGGCCGACGCGCGAGCCGCGCUGUGUGUGUGUGCAGUGAGAGGAAACAUGCAAACACCUGAGGAGAACCACCAAGGUUCUAACUACACCAGCCCAGCACUGGUUAUGGUGUCUAAUGUGAGUGAGCAGGAGCACAGCGUCAGUGUGAGUAAAGGUGGCAUGGUAGGUCUGGCGCCAGAACACAUACCAACGCCUAAUGCCGCCCUCAGCUGGCAGGCAGCGAUCGAUGCAGCGCGUGAGGCCAAGCUGAUAAGGAGUGCAGCAGCGGCACGCAUCUCCACAGCGAGUUCUACACAGCAACAGCGGCAGCACUACAGCAAGCCCAAGAAACAGACGAGCACAGUGGCCACGCGCACCCCGCACUCACUCCUCUGCCUCACCCUCAAAAACCCCAUCCGACGAGCCUGCAUCAACAUCGUGGAGUGGAAACCCUUCGAAAUCAUCAUUUUAAUGACUAUUUUUGCUAAUUGUGUUGCCUUAGCUGUCUACAUCCCCUUCCCCGAGGAUGACUCCAAUGCCACUAACUCCAAUCUGGAACAAGUGGAAUAUCUCUUCCUUAUCAUCUUUACCGUGGAAGCAUUUCUAAAGGUCAUCGCAUAUGGGUUGCUAUGUCACCCCAAUGCCUAUUUAAGGAAUGGCUGGAAUCUGUUGGAUUUCAUCAUUGUAGUUGUAGGGUUGUUCAGUGCAAUAUUAGAACAGGCUACAAAAGGAGAUGGAGGAACAUCAAUCGGAGGAAAGGCAGCAGGCUUUGAUGUGAAGGCCCUGCGCGCUUUCAGAGUACUGAGACCUCUAAGAUUAGUGUCCGGUGUUCCUAGUUUACAAGUAGUGUUGAACUCCAUAAUUAAGGCCAUGGUUCCGCUGCUGCACAUCGCCCUGCUUGUACUCUUUGUGAUCAUCAUCUACGCCAUCAUCGGCCUAGAGCUCUUUAUGGGGAAGAUGCAUCGUGCAUGCUUUUUCUUCAGAAAUGGACAGAGAGGACCUAUAGCUGAGGAGAAGCCUGCACCAUGCGCCCCAAUUAAUGCCCAUGGGCGGCACUGCGACCCGCCCAACAUCACCCAAUGCAUGAUGGGAUGGGAGGGACCAAAUUAUGGCAUUACAAACUUUGAUAAUUUUGCAUUUGCCAUGCUGACAGUGUUUCAAUGCAUCACCAUGGAGGGCUGGACUGAGGUGCUCUAUUGGAUGCAGGAUGCUAUGGGCUAUGAGCUUCCCUGGGUCUAUUUUGUCAGUCUCGUCAUCUUUGGAUCCUUUUUCGUUCUAAAUCUGGUUCUUGGGGUGUUGAGUGGAGAGUUCUCCAAAGAACGUGAAAAGGCAAAGGCGCGUGGAGAUUUCCAGAAAUUGCGAGAAAAGCAACAGCUAGAAGAGGAUCUAAAGGGUUACCUGGAUUGGAUCACUCAGGCUGAGGACAUUGACCCAGAGAAUGAUGAGGGACUCGAUGAUGCCAAACCCAGAAACUUGAGCAUUCCUGCAAGUGAGAGUGAGUCUGUGAACACUGACAUACCUCCCAGUGGGGAUUUAGAGGGGGAGCCGUGCUGUACCCACCUAGUAAAUAGGAUCUCCAAAUCCAAGUUCAGUCGAUAUUCUCGUCGCUGGAAUCGUCUGUGCCGGCGUAAAUGUCGGGCUGCUGUAAAGUCAAAUGUAUUUUAUUGGCUGGUGAUAUUUUUUGUGUUCCUGAAUACUUUGACCAUUGCCUCGGAGCAUCAUAAACAACCUCAGUGGCUAACUGAUGUACAAGAUAUUGCCAACAAGGUCCUCCUAGCUCUCUUCACUGGAGAAAUGCUUUUAAAGAUGUACAGUUUGGGACUGCAGGCAUAUUUUGUCUCACUUUUCAAUCGCUUUGAUGGUUUUGUGGUGUGUGGCGGGAUACUAGAGACCAUUCUGGUGGAGACAAAGAUUAUGUCCCCUCUAGGCAUCUCCGUGCUGCGUUGUGUGCGCCUGCUGCGCAUCUUCAAAAUCACCAGGUAUUGGAACUCUCUCAGCAACCUGGUUGCAUCUUUGCUGAACUCUGUUCGCUCCAUCGCCUCCCUGCUGCUGCUACUCUUCCUUUUCAUCAUUAUUUUUAGUUUGCUUGGCAUGCAACUGUUUGGUGGGAAGUUCAACUUCGAUGAAACUCGUCGGAGCACAUUUGACAACUUUCCCCAGUCAUUACUCACAGUCUUCCAGAUUUUGACUGGAGAGGAUUGGAACUCAGUAAUGUAUGAUGGGAUUAUGGCCUAUGGUGGACCUUCAUUUCCUGGCAUGCUCGUGUGCAUCUACUUCAUUAUUCUCUUCAUUUGUGGAAACUAUAUCCUCCUGAAUGUAUUCUUGGCCAUUGCAGUAGACAACCUUGCAGAUGCAGAAAGUUUAACAUCAGCUCAAAAAGAGGAAGAAGAAGAGAAGGAGAGGCGAAAACUGGCCAGAAUGGCUAGUCCGGAAAAGUGGCAAGGCAAUGAGAAACCUCCUGUUGAGAAAAAAGAAGAAAAGAUUGAAAUGAAAUCUAUAACCUCUAAUGAAGAAACUCCCAAAACCACUAAGGUCAACAUUGAUGACAAUGAUGAGAAUCCAUAUCCAGUAAAUGACUUCCCAGGAGAAGAUGAGGACGAAGAGCCAGACAUGCCAGUGGGUCCAAGGCCAAGGCCUCUUUCAGAUAUCCACCUAAAGGAGAAAGCAGUUCCUAUGCCUGAAGCCAGAGCCUUCUUCAUCUUCAGUCAUACAAACAAGUUUCGAGUUUUGUGUCAUAGGAUUGUCAACCACAACAUCUUCACCAAUCUUAUUCUGUUCUUCAUUCUGCUGAGUAGUAUCUCUCUGGCUGCAGAGGACCCAGUAAAAAGUGACUCAUUCAGGAAUCAGAUUCUAGGUUAUGCAGAUCAUGUUUUCACGGGUCUCUUCACCAUAGAGAUUAUAUUAAAGAUGACGGCAUAUGGAGCAUUUCUCCAUAAGGGGUCUUUCUGUCGUAACUACUUCAACAUUCUGGAUCUGGUGGUGGUCAGUGUCUCUCUCAUCUCUUCUGGGAUUCAAUCGAGUGCAAUUAAUGUUGUGAAGAUUCUGAGAGUUCUUAGAGUCCUCAGACCCCUGAGAGCCAUUAACAGAGCCAAGGGCCUCAAACAUGUAGUCCAGUGUGUAUUUGUAGCAAUCCGCACUAUUGGAAACAUUGUUAUUGUCACCACUCUGCUGCAGUUUAUGUUUGCUUGCAUUGGAGUUCAACUAUUUAAGGGCAAGUUCUACUAUUGCACAGACUCUUCUAAACAGUCUGAGGCAGAAUGCAGGGGGACUUAUAUUCUGUAUAAAGAUGGUAAUGUUGGGAAGCCAGAAAGAGAUCAUCGUAAUUGGGAGAACAGUGAAUUCAACUUUGAUGAUGUUCUUCAGGGCAUGAUGGCCUUAUUUGCUGUGUCCACAUUUGAAGGAUGGCCUGGCCUCCUGUACAAAGCCAUAGACUCCCAUGCCGAAGAUACUGGGCCCAUCUACAACUACCGUGUGGUCAUCUCUGUCUUCUUUAUCAUCUAUAUCAUCAUCAUCGCCUUCUUCAUGAUGAACAUCUUUGUCGGUUUUGUCAUUGUUACAUUCCAGGAGCAAGGAGAACAGGAGUACAAGAACUGUGAGCUGGACAAGAACCAGCGGCAGUGUGUGGAGUAUGCUCUAAAGGCACGGCCUCUACGCAGGUACAUUCCAAAGAAUGCAUACCAGUAUAAGGUGUGGUAUGUGGUCAACUCUACAUAUUUUGAAUAUCUGAUGUUCACUCUAAUCCUACUUAACACCAUCUGCUUGGCAAUGCAGCACCAUGGUCAGUCACCAUCCUUCAACAAGGCCAUGAACAUCCUCAACAUGCUCUUCACGGGUCUAUUUACUGUCGAGAUGAUCCUCAAACUUAUUGCCUUCAAACCAAGGGGUUAUUUUAGUGAUCCUUGGAAUGUUUUUGACUUCCUCAUCGUAAUUGGCAGCAUUAUAGACGUCAUUCUGAGUGAAAUAAAUCCAGCUGACCCUUCUUCCUCUACUCCUUCCUCUGUGGUAAGACCAAUGGGGCUCCAGAAUACAGAAGAUAAUGCCAGGAUUUCCAUUACCUUCUUCCGACUCUUUCGAGUUAUGAGACUGGUGAAGCUACUUUCACGUGGAGAGGGAAUUCGUACCUUGCUGUGGACUUUUAUCAAAUCUUUCCAAGCACUUCCUUAUGUAGCACUGCUGAUAGUAAUGCUUUUCUUCAUCUACGCUGUUAUUGGAAUGCAGAUGUUUGGUAAGAUAGCCUUGAAAGACAACACCCAAAUUAACCGAAACAACAAUUUUCAGACAUUUCCGCAGGCAGUGCUGUUACUUUUCAGAUGUGCAACAGGUGAGGCUUGGCAGGAGAUAAUGCUGGCCUGCUCUCCUAACCAUCCAUGUGAAAGGGGUUCUGAUGAGGCCCCCACCAGUGAGGACUGUGGCAGUCAUUUUUCCAUCAUUUACUUUGUCAGUUUCUACAUGCUCUGUGCCUUUCUGAUUAUUAACCUGUUUGUGGCUGUUAUAAUGGACAACUUUGACUACCUAACACGGGACUGGUCCAUACUAGGACCACAUCAUCUUGAUGAGUUCAAGAGGAUAUGGGCAGAGUAUGACCCUGAGGCAAAGGGAAGGAUUAAGCAUCUGGAUGUGGUGACAUUGCUUAGAAGGAUUCAGCCACCCCUGGGGUUCGGCAAACUCUGUCCCCACAGAGUGGCCUGCAAGCGGCUGGUAUCUAUGAACAUGCCCCUGAACAGUGAUGGCACAGUAAUGUUUAACGCUACCUUGUUUGCUCUUGUACGCACGGCACUCCGGAUUAAAACUGAAGGUAAUCUGGAGCAAGCAAAUGAAGAACUGAGGGCAAUCAUUAAAAAAAUCUGGAAGAGAACCAGUAUGAAGUUGCUGGACCAAGUUGUGCCACCAGCAGGAGAUGAUGAGGUGACAGUUGGGAAGUUCUAUGCCACAUUCCUAAUUCAGGAAUACUUCAGGAAGUUUAAAAAGCGGAAAGAGCAGGGUUUAGUGGCAAAAGUGCCCCCCAAAACAGCUCUUUCUCUUCAGGCUGGCCUGCGUACACUGCAUGAAAUGGGCCCAGAAAUACGAAGGGCAAUUUCAGGAGACCUCACUGCAGAGGAGGAGUUGGAGAAGGCCAUGAAAGAAACAGUGUGUACUGCAUCUGAAGAUGAUCUGUUCAGGGUGAAGCGAUCAGAUGGUUUCUUUAAAAACCACAUGAAUUAUUAUCAUCAGAGUGAUGACUGCCCUGAUUUUCCACCAUCCUUUACCAGUCAGCGACCACUGCACAUCAGCAAGUCAGGCAGCCCUGGUGAGGGCAACUCACCAUCUCGUGAGAAACUGGUGGACUCCACCUUCACACCAAGCAGCUACUCCUCCUCAGGUUCCAAUGCCAACAUCAACAAUGCUAACAACACAUGCAUCACCAAUUGCUACCCAUCCAUAAGCACAGUGGAUGGGCACACUAGACCCCUGCUCAUACCUGUACUACUUCCCUGUUCAUCAUGGUCCUUCCCCAAAAAAAGCUCAGACUCGGAUGAAUGUCAUUUCCCAGUAAUUUCUCGAGGAGAAGGAGCUAAAGAUGAAAUGCAUGACAAGAUGGUUACAGAGAAUGGCCAACAUGAAAAGGACUUGCUCUCCACUAAAAUGUUGGUGUUGCAGAAUGACGAGUGUAAGCAGUUAGCCGUGAUGGAAGAGACGAAUGGGGGUGGGGACAGAAGACCAUGGAAGUUUCCCCAACAAGCUGUUCUCUGCCCAACUGCACUAAGUCGACGAUCUUCCUUUCAUCUAGAGUGUCUAAGGAGACAGAGCAGAAGUGAAACUCCACAUAAAACAGCUUUGCCCCUAAACUUUGUCCAGCAACAGGUGUUGAUAUCACAAAUGUUGGACUGCUUCUCACCAGACUCCUCAGUCAUCAAAGUGGCCGGGCAGAAGCUGGCUGCUACACAUGACAUGACCACGGAGGUGAUGGAAAAUGUGACAGAAUGCAUACUCAAUGCCAGUGGGCCUCACAGCCCAAAUAGCAACGUCCUGCCAUAUACGCACUGCAGCAAUGGAGUGAGAACCAGCCAGGGACAAAAAAGAGCCUGGGAAAUAAAGGUUAAUGAGAAGGACGUGGGAGGACUGCAGGGUUCUGAGCAGAGUCCAAUGAACAAUAAGCUAGUAGUUGAGGAGGACAUGGAGUGUGUGACAAGCUUGUAGGGAGAACUUCAGCACAGAAGACCUUUGUUUCACCAGACUGUCAUCCUGUCAAGAGUUACCCUGCUCUGUCUGAGAGCACUAGAGCAUCUUUUAAGCCAGAAAUGUAUCUUUAAACCCAUAGUUAUUAUAGGAGUCUAAUGCAAUUUGACUUAGCUAAAAUGAAAAAUGUUUUUUUUUUCCUUUCCUUACUUACUUUCUUUCUUUUCUUUUCUUUUUUUCUGUGUGAAUGGCUGUGAGCAAAUUUGUCUAGUAUGCGAAUGUGUGAGUGAGAAGGGAAUAUGUCUCUAUAUAAAAGUGCCUCUUAGAACCUUGACUGAGUAAUGAUGCAAAGACAAAAAUACAAAAACAGACUUCAAACAGGAAAAGCAGAUUUCUGCUUGUCAUACAUCUUUUUCACUUUGUCAUUAGGGAAUAAUUAGCAGCAAAGGGCCAUUUGCAAAGUCUUAGUGAAGGUUUAACUUUGGGCUGUUGUGUCUCCAGCUCAUGUACAAAAUGUGGCCGGCUGCAGCUUUUGCUCUGUUCCCCCUUUCAACAUUUUUUUAUUUUGUUUUGUUUCUAAUGGCACUAAUGGACAAUGGCACUAAACAAAGAAACAGUACACAUGCAUGCUCUAGCCAGACUCCUCCUCCAGGCUCACAUUACAGUUUAAAUUGUAAUUACACUUUUAGUUAUUCUUAGGCCUGGACUUCUCUGAAGAUUUGCCCUUUGGGGGCCAGGUUGAAGGUGUGUGAGUUGAUCGGUUAGCAAACUGCAAUCACAUGGGGAAAGCUUUGCACUAAUGAUGGAAACUGAGAGAAAAGAGAGUGAUGUGUCUAAGUAUUUUGCGCUAAAGAGACUAUUUAAUCAGCGUCACCCUUAUAUGCUGAUAUUUAUUUGCUGGACAAGUCAUCGAGUGGGCUGUUGAUUUGAUCAGUUGAUCAGUUUGAGUCUCUACCUAAAGGUGCAUACAAAACGCCAGGAGAUUUACAUGCAUUCACAUGAGAAACACCCAACUAUUAACUGUUUAUAGCAUUUACUACAGUUUUUAUAAUUAGUGAUGUCAGUAGUGUAUUAGUCUAACUAGCGAUCAUUUUGCUCAUUAGCAAUCUAACACUGAUAUGUAUAGUUAUGGCACUAUAAAGAAUUCCUUGAUGACUAUUGAAAUUUUGCUGUCCCUAUAUUAUUAUUAUUAUUAUUAUUAUAAGUGUUCAUAACACCACAAAGACAACUUUACAUAUUUCCACGCUGCUCUUUUUUAUGAUUCUUAGUUUAAUUGCCUGCCAAGGGAAAAAUGUUUUCCUUCAUAUAUUUUCAUUAAGUUUUUUUUUAUCUAGCAGCAAGAUUACAUGGUAUGGACAGAAAUGAUCCCCUUAAUAUUUUUAUAAGAUCUCCAUUGUGUAUAGCACAUUUAUGCACAUAAUCAUUAUAUAAACGCUCCAGCUGCUCUGUUGUGGUGAGGGGUGGUGGAGCAAGUUAUCACCGCAGGGAAGUAAUGUUGCUUAAAUAAUUUAAUUAAUGCAAAGCUCAGUACUUGGGUGCCAUGACGCCUUUGUGCAUAAAGAAGAGUUGAACUAGCAAUGUUAAAAAAAAUCUAUUAUGUUCAGCAAGAUUGAGUUUCCAUAGUUAUAAAUAAAACAAAAAGGGGGUCAAUCUUCUUAUAAAGAAAAUUGAGUUUUUCACUGAAAAUAAAUUGUGGUGUAAUUACUCUUUAAAGUGUUUUUGUGUGAGCUCUAGGAGGAGGCUCAUGAAGCAGAGAGAUUAUAAAGUACAGAAAAUAUUGUACAGCCAUUGCAAGUUUCCUGUUUUCCCAAGGAGUCCUUCUCUGUUUAAAUAAUUGUUAAGAGGCAGUUUGUAUCAAAAUGCACCAUAUAUCUGAAUUUCUCAAACAGUUAAUUUCCAUUUUCCAUGGGCAUUGCGUUUUAUAAUUCUUUUUGGGGCCCCUUGUCUUUUUCAUUUGAGGACCAUGCUCUUUUAAGCUUUAAACUCUUUAGUAUGUGAGAUAGUAGAAGGAAGUUGUGGUUAAUCCUAUGUUUUCUCCUUACAGCUCUUCUCUAUAUCUCUGUCAAUUAUGCAGUGGAAUGGAUUUCACAUAACUUUAGAAGGUUCAGGUUUGAAAUACAUUUUGUCCAUGCAUGCUAUAUUCGAUAAUGGUAUUUUAAUAAUGCUAUAUUUUCUUGGACUUGUGUUGUAUUUUUGUAAUGUAAUUUAUCCUGCUUUUAAGAGAACACAACCAGUGCCCACACUGCUAUCCCCUGUUUUUACUAAGGUGAAUAAGAUAUGUAGUACCGUGCCUAAGGCCAACACAUUAAAUGUAUUUAUUUAUUUAUUUUUCCUAGAGAUGGUGUGUGUGCUCAUUGGGGAAGCACUGUGUUGUUAUGUUUUGUUACUCAUUAUCAUAGAAGAUGCGUGCUAAGGAAUGAUAGCCCACCUAGACAAUAGUAUCAAAGGCGAAUACGCAAAGAUGCAAAGGCUUUUGUUUUUAUUGCUGCUCCUUGCUGGUUGAUAGAUAGACUGAAGAUACUACUUAAGUACCCAGAUGGCACAAACUGCCAAAAUUAAUUGAUGUAGUGUGACUGUACAAGUCAAACUCUUAUUGCAGUUAAUUUUAGACUACAUAUAUAAAAACAUCUCCCAAAGCCUGGGGGAAAACUGCUAAACGAAUCAUGACAAUAAUGGUGCACUUUGAGGAGACAGGAGAAACAAACGUAUUAUAUUCAGGGACUCAUGGGUAGCCUAUCAUUUAAGAUACUCUUUCCAGCAUAGUUUAAACAACAGGGCUAAGUAUAUCAUUAAAGCCACUAUUAUGAUUAUGAUUAUUAUUAUUAUUAUUAUUAUUAUUAUUAUUAUUAUUAUCAUUAUUAUUAUUAAACCAUUGUUGUUGGUGGUGUUACUAUUGUUAAUGUUGUCUAAAAUAAUUUUACUUGGUUUUAGCAGUGUAUUCAAUCACAUUAAUGAAGAAAGAAUUGGUGAUUUAUUAUGCAAAUAAGGUGUUCAAAUGUUCUAGGUAAUAUUGUUAUAAGAAGAUAAUAUGAUGCCAGAGUGACUUAUAUGCUUAUUAACAUUUUGAUGAUUAUGAAAUUAUAACCUACUUAGUUCAGCCUUUGUUAUUCCAUACAUAUCACAGUGAAUUAAAAAAAAAAAAAGUUUCAUAAAAGAGGUCUGAAAUUUAAACUCUGAAUUAAACACUUCUUUUUUUUGUUUGUUUCUUUGUUUUUCCCCAAUAUUCUGUGUUCUAAAGCUCCACUUUGGCAACACUGUAUGUCUGUUUAUAGCAUUUUUAUAGUUUUUUUUACAGCUGUUGUGGAUGAAUGUAUUCCUCUCCACUGUAAGGAAAUGUUUAUGGUAAAAUCUUGAUAAACACGCAGCCAGUGUUCACCUACUUCCUUUG